AUGGGCGGCCAUGCCUUCAAAGGACUGUAUUGUCCCCGCAUCUCCCCAUCGGUCUACGAGAGGGUCAAAGCAGAGACGAAAGCCGCGCUGCAGACUGUCUUCGCGCAAGUUGUGGUACCGACUGAGAUGCCCGGCAAGGAUGACUACGGCGACGUCGACUUCCUAGUCUGCUCCCUUCUCCACUCCAAAGGCACUACCACACUCGACACAUUCCCCUGGCAAAGCACCGUCUCUCUCAUCAAAGACGUCCUCGAUACCACACAUGGACGCCAAGGCUUUCUCACCAGAGACUGCAUGUACUUCGCCAUCGACUCGCCCCACGGCGAAGAGAACUACUUCAUCCAGAUCGAUGUCAAAGUCUGCUUCAAGCCGGAGUUGUUUCACUGGUGUCACUUCGAGCUCAACUACGCAAGUAACAGCAAGAUGAUCGGCAGUAUGGUCAAACCGCUGGGCCUCACCAUGGAUCCUGAGGGUAUACAUGUCCGUGUUGAAGAGAUGGAAGAGACGAGUUUUCCUGGUAGCAUGGUGUGGGUUAGCAAGGAUCCGAAGGAUGCGCUGCGGAUUGUGGGUUUGGAUUGGAGGAUCUUGAAUGGGGGGUUCAAGACUAAGGAGGAGAUCUACAAGUACUUGGCUAGCUCCUGGCUCUUCCACCCAGGUCACUUCGCCGCACGACUAGCCGAGGAGAAGUACCACGAUCGCCUCGAAGACCGCGCACCAUACUGGACACAUUUCAUCAAAGAAUGGGUUCCGCAGCAUUACCCUGGCUACCGCCACAUCCAGCAGACUACAGACCCCGAAGAGGCCAGUAGCAAAACCCACGAGCACGUCGAAGAAGACCUCUCAGUAUGGCAAACCCGCACCAGAUCAGCUGUCCGCAACAAAGUCUUCACCAUGUUCCCCCACAUCGCAACCGAAUACUAUACAAAGCGCGCCACAUGGGUCAAAGAGCGCGAAGAGCAGAGACUGCGCGAGCUCAUCACUCAAGCUAUUCCAACUGGUAAGAAUGGAUGGAGAAGCGACGUACCCAUUCCAACUAUCGUUAUCAAGCAGUCACAGCCCAUGACACCCGACCUCGAACCUACAGCUACAGGCGAGAUAACACCGCCGUUGACACCACCGCUCACACCCAGCUUAUCCAUCGACCACUCGCCGACUUCAUCAAACCGCCCAUUCCCACCUCCCCUCUCCCCAUCCACCACCUCCUCCCCAACCCCACCCCUCUACCUCUACGUCGACGCCCUCCCUUACACACCACCCCUCCCAUUCUCCGCCUCCCCACCUCCCCCCAACAUGUCCCCUUCCGCCAAACUGCUCUGCCUCUUCCGCUGGACACACUUCUGCCCUUCCACCGGCACACCUUACCUCGCCACCGUGCCGCGCGACAAGGACUUCACGAUGGCAUGGACAGAUGCGCAGUAUGCUGGUGCAACGGAUGGGGU